AUGCACUGGCCACCCAAACGACCUUCAGAAGAAGCCCAGGGCGAUGCAGGCGGGCAACCCAAUGCGGCUCCCGUGACGCGGAAGUUCUCGGCUCCGCCAGCAGCUCCGGUGCCGCCUCCCGCAGAGCCCUCCGUCAAGUACGACCAGAUGGACUUUUCAAAGUACACCUCAAGCGUGCAAGAGUCGGAUGGGCUCCAGGAUGCGCAGUACGCGAGGAGGAGUAGCUCUGAUGGCCGGUGGAUUCAAAAUCCACGAAUGCGGCAGUGCUUCAACAACAUCCAGCUGGGAGCGCAGAUGGGCGCCACAGUUGGAGGUUGCUUUGGCCUGCUUACCGGUGCUUAUGUGGCGAUCACGCAGAGGAGUUUUUUGGUGCCCCGCGCGAAUCAGACUGACAUGGCCAAGAGGAUUUGCUACUACGAGUUGUUGGGUGUGGACAGGAAGUGCGAUGCGGCGGAGAUCAAAGCCUCGUACCGCAAGCUUGCGUUGCGCAUGCACCCUGACAAAGCUCACCAAAAUGCAAUGUGCCCUGAGGAGGCAACCAAGCGAUUCCAGCUCAUUCAGGAGGCAUACUCCGUUCUGUCGGAUGCGCAGGAGAGGGCUUGGUAUGAUGCUCAUCGAGAGCAAAUUCUGAGAGGUGAUGAUGGGCCCGGCGAGGACCCUUUCAAGACCAAGAUCAACCUGUACAAAUAUUUCAGCGUAUCUUGCUUUGAGGGCUUCGGAGAUGAUGAUGGCGGGUUCUUUGCGGUGUACUCGGAUCUCUUUCAGGCCAUUGACGCAGAGGAAGAGCAGUGGGAGGAUGCGGAUGAAGACCACGUGGCCAUGCCAUCUUUCGGGCGAUCGGACACCAGCUGGGCCGAAGUUUCUAAAUUCUACAGGAACUGGCUGGAGUUCUGCUCCCGAAAGGCAUUUGGCCAUGCAGAUCAGUGGAACCCCAAAGAGGCUCAAAAUCGUCAAGUUCGUCGUGCAAUGGAGCAGGAGAACAAAAAAGCCCGGCAGGUGGCAAAGAAGGAGUUCAAUGCAGAAGUGCGGCAGAUUGUGAAGUUCGUGCAAAAGCGUGACCCAAGAGUGCAAGCUCACCAAAAGCAGCAGAUGAAGGAGAACAUAGAAAAAAACCAAAAAGACAGGGCAGAGAAGGAUAGGAUGAAAGCCGAUCAGGUCAAAGAACGAGAAGAGCGGAAAGUGGCAGCCAGGCAAGCUGAGGAGGAACGCUGGGCAGAGGCCAAGGCUAGGAAAGAGGAGCAGAGGGCUCGUGGAGAGGUGGUCAGCGAGGAUGAGGAAGACGAAGAAAGUGAGGAGGAACAAGUUGAGUACUUCUGUGAGCCCUGCCGCAAGAGCUUCAAGUCUGAAAAGGCCUUUGAUCAGCACGCCAAGAGCAAGAAACAUCUUCAGGUCGUAGCAAAGCUCCGGAAAGAACUGGAAAGAGAGAUGGAGGAGGAGAAGGCUAACGAGCAGGAGAAGUCGAAAGAGAGCGAAGGAUCUGAGGAGCAUCCAGUAGAAGUGAAGCUGCCAGCCUCUGCGACAGUGGAACAGCAGCCUGACCGUGGCAAGGAUGCUGCUGCUGCAUCCGAGAGUGAUAGUCAAAGUGACGAGGACGCCUUUUUAGCACGCUUCGCAAAGCCGAAGAAUGGUAGCAGCCGAGGCUAUCCAGCGCAGUCAAGCCCUGUGCAUGAGGAUGCCGCCUCGAGCAGCGAAUCUCCGGAUGAGGAUGCAGAGAUUCGGGGCCGCAGGCCAUGCUUGCAGAAGCGGGAUGCUUGA